AUGGCUAAUAUUCGCGAGUGGAGAGAUGCUAUAAAGGAUGACCCUGCUAUUAAUAUCUAUCAUCCUCCUCCAGGGGUGCUAACCCGGUUGAUUGAGGGUUAUAAGAAGCAGAAGGAGCAGAAUCAACAGCCUCCUGUUACUCCACAGCCUCUAAUAUCUACUACAGCUUCGUCGACAGUAGCUGGCCAAGGGAUGACGCUUAAUAUCAACCUCUCAGGGGAGACCCCAGUUCCAUCUACUAUAGCGCCAGCGUCAGCGCUACCCUUGCCAAGUAGCCCUAUCCCACAGGCCAGAGAUGAGGAUGCCCGACUACUCGCCUUCAUUCAGGCUCGAAUCCGUGCUCGGCCUGCGCGCCGUGCUGCAUUUAACCGUGCACGGGACCUGCUGAUAAGUGCUGGCGUGGGUUUUUCGGAUUUGGCUAGUUUGAGCAACGAAGAAUGGAAGGAUAUUAGUAUCGACGUUGGUAUCAAGAUGGAUUUGCUAAAAAACGACAAAAUAUGGCAUCUACAGCAUCCGGAGGCCGUUGACGAGGUUGCGGAGCAUCUCCUGAGUGAGCUUGAUCUUGAUAUACCUGAGGAAAGCAAAGGCGAGGAGCUCUAA